AUGUUCGUUGGCCAAACUCCGCCGCAUACUCCUCUCGUGAACCGCCGUAACAACCACCGGCCUCGUCACGCAACCGUUUCCUCCGCCCUUCCCGAUCUGUUUCUCGCCGCGGUCUCUCUCCUCUUCCUCUGGUCUUCUCCUAAGCCCCUGCUCUCUCUCCCUCCCAACAGAUUCUCCUUCCCUUUAAUAAGUCCUCGUCGUCGAACCACCGCCAUGUCCCCUAGAUCUCCUCCCACGCCGAAGCCUCUCUCCCAACGCUUCGCUAAUCCUCAAUCGCUCUCCGAUUGGCUCGAAUCGCGAUUGCCUUCUGACUCGUUCGCUGCCUGGGGAGUCAAACCGGGAACCAAAAACGUUCACAACCUCUGGCUUGAGCUCUCCGACGGCGAGACAUCUCUCGCCGAUUCCACCCCGCCGGUCCGCACCGUCAACGUCGUCACCGUCCGUGUUAUCGGAAAAGACGGGAAAAUCCUCGUGGAAGCUCACCAGGAAUUAUCCGACGGAAGCAUCCGGGAUAGAUUUCGCCCUUUAUCGGAGAAGAUGAAGCCAGAAGAAACCCCCGAUGAAGCAGUCUUUCGCGCCAUAAAAGAAGAGCUCGGAUCCAUCUUCAACAGUGACAACGACGAUAUUGGGCAGAGGAUUAAAGUUCUUCCCGGAACAUACAGCAGAAGAGUAGAGGAAAGGAACUCGCUAUCAUACCCAGGAUUACCGGCGCGUUACGCACUUCACUCGGUCGACGCGACGGUGCAGGGAUUACCGGAGGAAGAUUUCUGCACGGAAGAGAAAGAAUACGGCGGAGACUCAACGGAAGAUUCGGAGGAAACACGCGCCGCUGGUAAAGCGGUUACAGUGAAAAGGCAUUACUGGAAAUGGGUUAGUCCCAAUUCGAUUCGACUGUAA